CCGAGGAGGAAGCGGAAGCCGCGGAGAAGAUGGCGGCCGGGGCCGGCUGGAGAAUGGGAGCCGGGGAGCGAGGGCGCCGGGGAGCGGAGACCCUGUUCCGUGGGCUCCUCUUCUGCGUGCUGGGCUGCGGUUUCUGUUGGGGCAAUUCUGUAGAGAGGAAAAUCUAUAUCCCCUUAAACAAGACUGCCCCGUGUGUUCGUCUUUUGAAUGCCACUCAUCAAAUAGGCUGUCAGUCCUCCAUGAAUGGAGACACAGGAGUAAUUCAUGUGGUGGAGAAGGCCCAGGACCUGAAAUGGGUGCUUACUGAUGGACCUCAUCCCCCAUACAUGGUACUGCUAGACGGGGAGCUUUUCACCAGGGAGUUGAUGCUGCAGCUGAAGGGAUCCUCUCGAAUUUCUGGGCUGGCUGUGGCCAUCUCCAAACCCAGCCCCGCACAAGGAUUCUCCCCUGGCUUAAAAUGCCCAAAUGAUGGAUUUGGUGUCUAUUCCAAUGAUUACGGCCCUCAGUAUGCUCACUGCAACUGGACUGCGUGGAAUCCUCUCGGGAAUGGGCUUGCUUACGAAGAUUUCAAUUUCCCCAUCUUUCUACUUGAAGAUGCCAACGAGACUCAAGUUAUUAAGCAGUGCUACCAAGACCAUAACCUCCCGCAGAAUGGCUCUGUCCCAGAGUACCCUUUGUGUGCCAUGCAGCUUUUCGCUCACAUGCAUGCUGUCACCAACACGGUUACCUGCAUGAGACGGAGCUCCCUCCAGACCGCCUUCAGCCUCAACCCAGAAGAAGUCUGCGACGCUCUGUCUGAUUAUAAUGUGUGGAGCACGCUGAAACCCAUCAAUACCUCCAGCAAAAUAAACCCUCUGGAUGAAGUCAUCAUUGUUGCUACUCGAAUUGACAGCCAUUCAUUCUUCUGGAACGUAGCCCCAGGGGCAGAGAGCGCCGUCGCCUCCUUCGUGACCCACUUGGCGGCUGCUGAAGCCCUUCAUAAAGUGCCAGAUGUUCAGAUGCUACCAAGGAACAUCAUGUUCACCUUCUUCCAAGGGGAGACCUUUGAUUACAUUGGCAGCUCGCGAAUGGUAUAUGACAUGAAAAUGGACAAGUUUCCCAUCCGACUGGACAACAUUCAUUCCUUCUUGGAGCUGAGUCAGGUGGCUUUACGGAACUCCUCUGUUCUAUGGGUGCACACAGACCCUGUCUCUCGGAGGAAUGACUCUAUUCAACCACAGGUUGAAACUCUGGUGGAAGCUCUGAUCAACAGCAGCGUGGGUGCGAAUGUGACUCUACAGGAGGUUGGUCAGUCUCAGCCUCUCCCGCCUUCUUCCUUUCAGCGCUUUCUGAGGGCCAAGAGCAUCCCUGGGGUGGUCCUGGCUGAUCAUCGCACUUCCUUCCAGAACAGAUAUUACCAGAGCAUGUAUGACACAGCAGAGAACAUCCUGAUGAAAUAUCCUGAGGGGCUUAGCCCCGAGGAGACCCUGGACUAUGUCACUGACACAGCUAAGUCUCUGGCAGAAGUAGCCACAGUGGUCGCCCGUGCUCUCUACCAGCUUGCGGGGGGAACCGGCAACACCUCUGCUAUUCAGGCAGAUCCAAGAACGGUCUCCAGAAUGCUCUACGGGUUUCUGAUUAAAACUAACAACUCCUGGUUCCAGUCCAUCAUUAAACAGGACCUGAAAGGACUCUUGGGUGAUGAACUUCCCCAGCACUAUAUUGCGGUUACUACGCUGGUGAACACCACUCAGCUAGUGCAGUACGUUCUGGCCAAUCUCACAGGCACGGUUGUCAAUUUCACCAAGGAAGAGUGCCUGAACCCUGAAAAAACACCCAACCCCGAGAAGGAAAUGUACGUUUAUACGUGGGUGCAGGGUUCCAGGGACCCAAACUCAACAUCGCGAGUUCCCUUCUGCGUCCAGUCAACUGUCCAUCUAACCAAGGCUGCCUCUCCUGCCUUCGAGCUGAAGCAGUGGGGCUCCACAGAAUACUCCACGUGGACAGAGAGCCGCUGGAAGGAUAUCCGCGCCCGCAUAUUUCUCAUAGCCAGCAAGGAGCUAGAGAUAAUCACACUGGUCGUGGGCAUCGCCAUUCUGAUCCUCUCUCUCCUCGCAACCUACUUCAUCAAUGCCAAAGCGCAUGUGCUUUUCAGCAGCCCUGGGGACGGUGGGGCCGUGGCUUACUGAGUGCUUCCCACGGGUUCAGGAACCCCAGCACUUGGAUUACAACUGUUCUGACUAAAACUGCUUGGCUGACAUUGGAAUGUCUCUGCCUUUAUAGGGACACAGGUGGAUCGCUCCAGUAUUUCCAAGGGUGAGCCCAAGAAACUGAUCUCAGAAAUGGAAGAAACUCCCCAAAAAACUGUGUUGAUCAAGUCCUAAAGAGAUCAUGUUGCUUCAAAGUUUCCAAGGGCCUUGAAUCUUUGUCCUCCCUUUUGGGCAACUCUGAAGAGGGUCAGUACUGGAUGCUACCAGCACCCAACUACCAUGGAUAUGUUUUCAGACUGGGGGUGGGUGUGAAGCACAUGAAGGAAAGGCCUCUCUGGGACAUACAUGGAUGGCAGAUUUCUUUGCUCUCCCUGGUUGUACCGCUUUUAUCUGGAUUAGCUGAAGAAUUGUCUGACAGCUGCUGUGAAUCUAUGUAAAUUACAGUGCGGACAAGGGAAGGUGUGUUGAACAAAUAAUUAGAUGUCAGAUCUCGUCCUUUUUUAAAUAGUGCAAUAUUUGGGAGGCAGCCAGGUUGUACAUAUAUAAAUAGCUUGGCUUAAUUUAAAAAAAAAAAAUCACUGCUUACAAUCUAAUCUUUUGCUUCCACUGCCUUUCUCCAGUGCUGCUUCUUAUAGGACCAAGGAACUCUGGGGAAUGUAGUUCACUGGAUGUUGCCAUGUCUGUUGCUCAUGGGAGAAAUGGAACUUGUCAGAUAUUUACUUUCCUCACAACAAAGCUUUUCUCUCCUUUUAUAAUAGGCCGAAGGAGGAAAGAGCUAUGUCCGGAGAUUCGUUACCUUUGUCUCUAUAGAAUGUCAGCCUUUUGGGGGCUGGGAUUGUCUGCUACUCUGUUUAUACGGCACCUAACACAAUGGGCCCCCAAACUUGAUUAGCCCCUAGGCACUAUCACAAAAUAAACAUGAUUAAUAACUAGCACUGACCUCAGCACUUUGCAGGAUUGAGCGUUUAUUGGUAGCAACUAAGGCUGAUUGGGUAGGAGAACCAGCUUCUCCAGUGGCCCUGGAUUAAUUUUUUGCAUCAAAAAUUCCUCCCAUCCUUCAGUAUCCUUGAUUUAAGGACAAGAAAGUGAUGUUGAUGUCCCAAGUGAACAGCUCAGAUUUGUGUAAAGGAACAAAUCAAAGAGACUGGAGCUGGUCAAUUCCAACCCAAACAUCAUCUUCAGUCUCCUGACGGGUUAGUUAUUCCAUCUGUUCUCCAGUUGAGUCUUGGAUUUCUACUGCUUCCCUUAGGGAAACUGCACCACUCACUAAUACGUCUUACUGUCAGGACAUCAUUCCUGACACUCCAGAACGGACUAUUCCUUUGCUCACUUUCUUCUCGUUGCUCCUAGUAAUGAUGGAGAAAAACUUCACAUCUCAGUUUAGGCUGAAAACCUACCCUUGCAUCAUAACUGAUUUUGACACUCUUCACCUACCUAACUUCUAAUCUGCCCCAGCUCUGUCAGAACUAAACCAAUCUUCCUGGAAUUGCCAUCGAUAGAGUAUUUCUGCAAAUUAAGCUGUUAGGUGAUAGGGGAACUCAAAGAUAUGAGCUCACAGUUUCCUAAAAGAGGGGGUUGCGUUGUUCAGUAUAUGAUGCUUGCUCUCCUCUAUAAAAUGCUGUAGAAUUUAUGGAUGAAUGGUUCUGCUUAAGGGCAGAAUGGAAUUAUUGUUACAUUCAAUCAAAAAUCAUGUUGCUAUCAUCAGGGCUUCAGCCAUAUUUUUAAAUUUUGGGGUUUUUUCUUCUACAUGCAGAUUUAAUGCUCAUGCUGUUUUCAGAAGGCUGCUUGACUGAUUUUUUUUCUCUCCCUCCCCCCUCGGUAUUUAUUCCUCUAUGAAGAGAGAAAUAAACCUUCUCCCUGUUCUCCA